AUGGGUCGUUUCCCGUGUUUUGGGUCGAAGAAGAAGGCCAAGGAUAAGAACCUCAAGCCUCGGGAGGAGGAAGGAAACAAUGUUGGGAGGAACCGUAACUCUGUAGAGACUGUCUCUGAGAGUUCUUCAGUUGAAAUGACAUGGUUUGACACAGGACUGGGAUCAGAAGCAACUCAAACAGAGGAGACUGGCAGUUCUAGUAAGGCUAAGAUAUUUACCUUCCGAGAGCUUGCAACGGCAACAAAAAAUUUUAGGGAUGAAACCUUUAUUGGGCAAGGUGGUUUUGGGAGUGUUUACAAAGGGAAGAUAGAGAACAUUGAUCAGGAUGUAGCUAUUAAAAGACUUGAUACUACUGGGCUCCAAGGGGAGAAAGAAUUCCUAAUAGAAGUUCUAAUGCUCUGUCUUCUACGCCAUCCCAACCUUGUUAAUUUGGUUGGUUACUGUGCUGAGGGGGAUCAACGUCUUCUUGUGUAUGAAUACAUGCCUAACGGAUCCUUAGAGUCUCAUCUUCAUGAACUUGCACCUGAUAAAGAACCGCUUGAUUGGAAUACUAGAAUGAAGAUAGCUGCUGGGGCAUCAAAAGGACUAAAUUAUCUGCAUCAUGAAGUAACGCCUUCUGUUAUAUACAGGGAUCUGAAACCAUCCAACAUAUUAUUAGAUGAAGACUUUCACCCAAAACUUUCUGAUUUUGGGCUUGCAAAAUUUGGUCCAUCUGAAGACCAAUCCUAUGUUUCCACUAGGGUCAUGGGAACACAUGGUUAUUGUGCCCCUGAGUAUGCCACUAGUGGGAAAUUAACAAUGAAAUCUGACAUUUACAGUUUUGGGGUUCUGCUAUUGGAGCUAAUUACUGGACGUUAUGCUUAUGAUGAUACCCGUGACCGUGAAAAGCAUCUUGUUGACUGGGCACGCCCAAUGUUCAGAGACAAAAGGCAGUUUCCAAGAUUGGUAGAUCCGCAGUUGCAAGAUCGCUAUCCGGCAUCUGGUCUAAGGAUGGCCGUUGAAUUGGCAAGCAUUUGUCUCCGAGAAGAGCAACGUCACCGGCCGGACGCAGGUGAUCUAGUGCAUGCUCUAAAUUACUUGUCAUCCAAGGAAUACACCCCAAAAGUACCCAACACAGUUAACACAGAAGAUGUGGGCAAGAGUAGUGACUCCCCAAAAGGAAAAUCUUUGAUUUUGGCUGAAGACUCACAAAGAGAGAAAGCUGUUGCAGAGGCCAAGCAGUGGGGAGAGACUUGCAGAGAAAAGAGACGACAAAGUGGCCAAAGUAGUCCUGAGUAAGUAAAUUGUGAAAGCAAAUCCUUUGCCGCAGAUUAGAAGUGGCUGGU